CUUUCACGUACCUAUUUUACUACUUAGAUCAACAGAAGCUGAAUACGAUUUCUCAUGAAACGGUCACAAGCGUGAUUGAACUCCUGCCUCUUCUAAUAUCAUCGUGUUAAAAUCUCUUAUCAUCUGUAUUAUCAUCGUGUUAAAAUCUCUUAUCAGCUGUAUUGUCAUCGUGUUGAAAUCUCUUCUCAUCUGUAUUAUCAUCGUGUUAAAAUCUCUUAUUAUCUGUAUUUGUUGAGUUGUUCACUUCACCUGUCUUUAACAUUUUGUCCAAAAGAAUCUCCAUUGCUUUUUUUUUCAGUAAACUUCAUUCUGGAGAAUUCGUCGCAUACGUGUUCCACCGAAGUGGCACUUCAUUGUUCCACAAUGGUGGAACCUUGCCGUUGCCCCCUGUCUCCUUGCAUAUUGCCAGAAGAAAUAUACGACGCAGCCUGUGCGAAGGAAAGAGAGAGAGUAGCGGAGUGGCUGGAGGCCGGGAAUGACGUCAACGCUUCCAGGAACGAAUGGACGCUGCUGUCAUUAGGGUGUCUCCACAACCACGUCAGCCUCGUCCAACGACUCCUUCACGACCCACGUUUGCACUUGAACGUCCGCACCCGGGGAUUAACGCCCUUCUAUUUGGCCGCCGUUUACGGUCACGCCGAAUGCCUGAGGCUGAUGCAAGGCGCUUCGCUGGAGUGCCAGCUUGACAUAUCAGCCAGUAAUGAGGUAAAUACAGACGAUUCCAGCACUGCACUGAUGGUAUCUGCAACCCUCAAUCACUGGGAGAGUGUCGAGGUCAUUCUUGACUCCCGUCACAAUCUGAAAGAGGACGAAAUGAACCACACACUUGACAAAGCGUUAUGUCAGAACCGUUGGAAUGUUGUCUGGAAGAUUCUUCGAAGGAAUCAUGAUUUUGACAAAGAAAGACUAGGCGAGAUUCUACAAGCAGCUUGCGCGGAGGAGAGCUGGGAUGUCAUCUCAGAAAUUCUUGGGAAAGGAGUUCGAGUGAAGAACAUGCGCGUGGGGGACAUGCUUUUCAACAGGGUCAGGUGCAGAGACUGGCUAAAUGCUGCGCCUUUGUUAUCGCUACUGAGCUCACAGGCUGCGUUGGACACCACUCUAUCAGAAGCUGUUCUGAAGGACGGGACUGAAAUCACCGACCACUUCUUGGAAGAGGAAAACGUCUACAUUUCCGAGCGCGAGAAGAUCGUAGAGAACCUCUUGAACGACGACGACUACAAGUCGAGCCACCUGGAUGCGGCCUUGCUUGUAGCGGCCGUAGGGGGCACCUGUGAGGCAGUUGCUCGCCUGCUUUUGAACCGUCAUAGAUCUAAAGAUAAAAAUGUUAUCAUCAACGCCCUCUUGCUUGCAUCCAAGCACAAUCGGCUGGAACUCCUCCCGGAUCUCUUGGCGUGCCAUUCCGAAGAUUAUACAUACAAAGUCUUGAGUCAAGCUCGACACAUCGCGGCUAAAAAUCAGAACUUGGAUGCUGCGAAGCUUAUCUUCAGGGCACUAGAGAUCAAAACAAAAGAAAUACUUGCAUAAUAUUCAGAUAGUGUUGUAAGGGUUUAGCAAGUGUUAAUUUACAUUCACAUCAAGUGGGUUCAUUAUUAUGCUAAUAUGAUGUUAUAUUUAAAAGUGAAUGUUUUCUAGGUUUACUGACUUCAUAUAUGCGUAGCUGGACAAUACAAAGACAAUAAUCGUCGCUUGGCUAACGUGGUUUAUAAUUGGGUUCAGUGGAAGUUAAGAAUGAUAACAUAAAAAAGUAUAUUGCAAAAAGAGCAUUUUUACCGUAAUCUCGCAUUCAAGAAACAUGUACCAAAAUUAACACAAAUGAGGUCGAUCACUACGUUGCAACAUUAUCUUUUAGAAUGUUUUGUGAAAAUAAUAUCAUAUUUCAGUCGUUAUUUCUUCAUAGGGAGAACCAGUGAUGCUUCGGAAACUUCAUCUGGACUUGCCAAAUAAAACCAGGUAUUACUCACAAGAAUUUUCGUAUCGUUUUGAAAUUUUUGGUUUUAUCAUUGUUAGAUAAUAGCCCAUAAGUUUGAAUUUCAGCAAUAUUCAAGACAUUGGUACUCAGCGCUAUGAUAAUUAUGAUUCGACCCAUCAUGUAAGCUUGUAAGGUAUUGCCGUUUCCCAUUUGACCAUUUUUCCGUAAUCUUCGUGUUUUAAUGAAACUUCCAUUUUAUCAUAGUUUCCCGUUCCAAAGAUUUCUUGUCCUUCUAAAGUAAAGUUAUGGAGGAACAUUUCUCUAGUAUUAUGGAUGUUACGGUUGCAAAUUUAAGAGAGGCCGUUUUGCGCCUUUAAAACACAGUUCCCAAUGUUAUAAUAUGCGUAACGUGUUUAUCAAAGGCGUAUUAGACCUGGAUUUGGAUUAUUAAUGUGUUUUAAUUGUUGCAUCAUUAAGACAAUGUAAAAAAUUAUAAAGACAAUUUUGUAACAAUUCCAUAUUGCACUACUAUGGAACCAAUUAAUCCUCUGUGAUUUUUCACUCAAGUGUACAAAAUGGUCAUUAAUUUUCUGUCCAGUUCUAAUUGACUAUCCAUGUUUAUUUAUUCAGUAUUUAAUUCCUGGCUCAUCAGGUGUAAAUGAAGUAAUCCAAGAUCCAUAAGUUGUACUAUUCUGUAAACUAUUUCAGUAAUCUAUUUAGGACUUUUUCCAUAGGCAUGUUUUUAAGUGUUGCUGUUGAUUAAAAAGGACAUCAUAAUGAGUUUUUUCAAAAUCUAUUUGAAUUAUUCAAAACAGACGAUGGUAUCAAACAUUUUACAUUGGUAGCCUUUCUUACUUCCACUUUCGUAAUGCAACAUCCUGUCUAUUUUCCUAUUGAUAUUUUAAUAGUAAGCAGGAAAUCAGGACCGACAAUAAGUAAUGCACGUUUAAGAUUAAUGUGAAUUUUACCUCAAUACAAUGACCUGAGUACUUAGUCAAGCCAAUUUUUGCUUUUCUAAAUGUACAACCAAAUUUAGACUGAUUUUAACGUCUUUAACAAUGCCUAAAAGGGCAACCAACCACCUUAUUUUCAGUUUCUAGCGUUAAUUUGGUAGACUUGUUGAGCUACGCUAUAAAUUUCAAAGUAUUUAGCACCCAGUUGUUUAAAAAUCUUUGUUGUUAAUAUAUAACUCCCUGCUAGAAAGGUACCUCCCUAUUUAUAUAGUUUACCAAAAAUUUACUGAGCUGAAGUCCUUUUUCUAUGAGUCGUCAUUUUCUUUUAUACUAAAGGGGGUAACUAUGAUAAAAGGAUUAUUUUCUAGAAACCAAUGACAAUAGCCAUAAUGUUGGUAUUUACAUACCAAUAAAGUAAAAUUAGUGUAAACUUUACUUUUUUAAUGUCAGAUUUGAGUAAUUAUCGGUCAUCCUACAGUUUAGGGGUCAAAAUUCACGGCAUAACGUAAAGUCAAGGUCAGCAAAUAGAUUUAUCAAAUAUUUAGGUAUUGAAUCAUGGAAAACAAUUAAAAGAGCAGUUUAUCUGCAUCCAGAA